UCUACCUCUGUGUUCUUCCGCUCAGUCAUUUCUUCCUUUGCGCGUUCGAGAGCGGGUGUGCGGGAGAAUGUUGGCAUCUAAAACCUUGCGAGUAAUCGGAAAGCGGGCCAUCUCCACCUCCGUUUGUCUACGAGGUGGACAUGGUGUUGCCAAGGUGGAGGAAUACACUCUUCCAGCAUAUUUUGAUCGGCGGGAGAAUCCCCUUCCUGACAUCAAAUUUGUGCAGAACCUGAGUCCGGAGCAGAAAUCUCUCAAGGAGAAGGAAAAGGGUUCUUGGGCAACCCUCUCCAAUGAGGAGAAGAUUGCGCUGUACCGCAUUAGCUUCAAACAGAGCUUUGCUGAAAUGAACCAGGGAUCAAGAGAAUGGAAGUCAAUUGUUGCUGGAAUUUUGUUCUUUGUUGGUUUAACUGGUUUGGUCGUCGCCUGGCAGAGGAAGUUUAUUUAUGGGCCCGUGCCCCACACUUUCUCCCAGGAGUACAAAGAGCAGGAGCUCCAGAGGAUGCUGGAUAUGAGGAUCAACCCUGUGGAGGGCUUUUCUGCAAAAUGGGACUAUGAGAAUAAACAGUGGAAGAAGUAAAGCACACCUUUAGAGUGCAUGACACAAACAGUUACAAAUAAACCAGUCUGUCUGUUUUCCAUGUAUCAUCCUUACCUCUUAAUGCAAUCUGGAAGAUCACUUCCUCUUAAGGAUAUUGUAUAUCAGCGAAAUAAA